UUCUCAGUGAUGUAGCUUGAUCAAAUAGCUGACUUUCAGACCCUCAAAUCAUUUUGAACUAGUUUGUACAACUUUAGUCAUAGAACGGGUUCACACGAAUGUAAAUAUGUAAAUAAAAAUUCCGCUUCUUUUUUCAAAUUCUUUGUUUAUUGCAAGUGACAUUUGACGUAAUUCCCAGACAAAGGAAACAAAUGUCAAAAAUGAUACAUUUGUUGGAGAGUUAAAAUUUACAACAAAUCUGACUGCAAAAAUGUCAGACCAGAAUAACUGUGAUCUUACAACUGAUGCCAUACCCAGCCCUCCAAGGGAUGAAGUCAAAAAAGAAGAAACUGACGAAACAGAACCAACGAAUAUCCCUCCAAAAACAAAAACCAAAACUAGAGUUUUCAAAAAACCCAAAAAGAGCGGACCAUCUGCUUUUGCCAGUGUGAUCAAUAUUAGUAACGCAAAUGGAAUUCACGUCGGUUCGAAUUAUAACGUGUAUCUCAGUAAUAAAUCAGAGACUCAAAGCCAACAACAACACUACAUUGUCACAGAGGCCAUCAGAGGCUUGUUCCACAGUGACGUGCCCGUUGAUCGAAAAGACUUAAUUUUUCUGUCCCCUCAUAUAAACGAACACUGGAGGACCAUGGCAAGGGCGCUGGAUUUCUCAGACGGACAAGUCAGCCAAUUUUACGAAGACUACAUCAGGUCUGGAGUUAAAGAAGUGAUUUACCAGCUCUUACUGGACUGGAUACAAAACGAAGCCGAUUGUGCCACUGUUGGAAAACUCUCAAAAGUGUUGUGGGACACAAACCAGCAAGACGCCGUUCAAAGGUGGUCUGAGUAUGUUAUCAAAAAUAAAUCGUAGUUUUUGGUGCUUUUUAUUGUUAGUUCAGUAAUAAUGGUUCUAUUCUUCCAACCGCAAUGUUUCUUAUCAUUGUUUAUUUAUUGUUAUGGAAAGUUUUUCGUGACUUUUUAUCAUUCCGCAUAAAAAUUGUAAUUUGAAUCGUGUGAUAUCUUCAGGCCAGUGGCACUGGUUUAAAUGGCGUAAUCAUGUGGCUAAUUUUUCAAGUAUUAAGCCAUAUAUUUGUACUUUGUUAGAAAUAAAUCGUUUAAAUCGCAA